CAGAAACCAACUACCGGAAUCGAUCGGUUUUGUUGUGAUCAUGGAUUCCAACGACUUGGUCGAAGUCGAUUUACAAUUCGAUAAAAAUAAGAAAUGUCUGGAUCGAUGGAUGGAAAAUUUACCUGAAGAAGCACAUUCAUUGCCUUUGCACUGUUUGGCCAUUCCUGGCUCGCAUGACUCGUUAAGUUCCUCUCUGACUCCACAUUCCGAUAUAGCUCCUGAUGAUCCAGAACUCUACAAUUCUCUGUUCAUUCGGGCAACAAGUUGCCUGUCAAAGCGAAUCAUCUACAAUUGGAGUUGUACCCAAGCCUUUGAUUGCAAGCAACAGCUUGAAGCUGGAAUAAGAUAUUUCGAUCUAAGAGUGGCAAAGAAACCUGAAGAUGGACUCCUCUACAUUGUGCAUGGUUUGUAUGGGACGGAAACUAAAAACGUUCUUGAAACAAUGCAUGAAUUUUUGGAUACCCACCCCAAAGAAGUCAUUCUUCUUGAUUUCCAGCAUUUGUACGAGAUGAAUCAUUUUGAUCAUCAUAAGCUGUUACACCAACUUAUGGAAAUAUUGGGCUCUAUGUUAUGUCCUUAUGUUGCUGAUCUCACAGAAUUUACACUUUCUUGGUUAUGGGAGAGAGGAUUUCAAGUAAUUGUCUUUUACCGUGAUCCAGUUGCACAGUACCACCCUUUCUUGUGGCCUGCAGAGUCUAUUCCAAAUCCAUGGCCCAAUACAAGGAGCAUCAAGAGUUUGCUUGCUUUCUUGACGGGAGGUUAUGAACGAAGGCGAGAGGCUGGGAAGUUCUUCGUUUCACAAUCCGUUCUUACACCCAAUCUGUUCUAUAUCAUGAGGAAUCUGCUGGGAAAUCUGAGAAGUGUUUUGGUCAAUGAAAGCAAUAGGCAGUUACUUAAAUGGCUUGAAGACAAGCAUCCCGGACCACAUGGCUUAAAUAUAGUCAUCUGCGACUUCAUCGACUACAAUGACUGUGCCAUUCCUCAGACUAUUGUGAAUCUGAAUCAUAAGUCACCGAUCAUGUCCAAUAAUCAGCUGCGAAAGAGCAGAUAUGAGGUGAUCUAAUUUCAGUUUACGCUCUUAAAUUGUAAGCAUCAGUGUACUUGUGCAGUAUUAUCUUAUGUUUUUAUUUAACAUGUUGAGUUUUAAAUCAUUGUUGAAUGUUUAUUUAUUGGUGUAUUGCAUACCGGUGGCAGUCUGUAAUUAAAUGUGCAUGCAAGAUAUGUUUGGGGGACCAACAUAAGUGAUUGGAAUAUUUAAGUAUUUAUUUUGUAAAUAACAUUCCAAGUGUAUUGUAAAUCAAGACCUAAAGAUUGUUUUUAUUAUAUUAUUUUUUAAAAUGUUUUUAAGAUAAAUUAUUCCUGCAUGACUAAAAAACACUGUGAUAAAAUUGAAAAAGUGCUUGGCUAAUUCCAAUAUUUUAUUAUGCUGAAAUACUUUCUCUGAUUUUUUUUUUUUUCUCUUCUUAGUCAAAAUGUUAUCUUUUGCUCAAGUUAUUUUGGCAUAAUAUAUGCAUUUAUAUUCUUGAUGUCAUUUUACUUUAGAAAAGUGUUGGCUGCUGUGGUGUUAAAAUAUUGAAAUUUCUAGUUACCGAUAUAGCUUUCUGUAGAGGAAACAAAUGUAGUUA